AUGUCACAUGACAUCGUUGACGGGAAAAUUCAAAGCACAUCGUCGGUUCUUGUUGAUGAGGUUAAAAACGACAACUUUAGUUUCAAUGGGAUGUUUAUGGAGUCCAUACCAUCUGACUGUUGGGGUAAAAAUGAAUUAAUAUUCACAACAAAUCAUCGGAGUAAUAUUUCUAUGUUUGCAUUCAAUGUAAACAAUGGUGAUGUUCGUUGCUUAGCAACCGACGGUGCAUGGCGCGUCCACAAAGUAGUUGAUGACAUCAUAAUAGCAUCAUGCUCAACGCCUAACACCCCAUCUAGUGUGAAAGUUGGAUUGUUGUCCGAUGAAAUUAAAUGGACGGACAUUGAAACCUCAACUAUCAUGAAGGAUAUUUCAUGGGAGGUCAUCCAACACACACCUAAUCAUAAGAAUAAUGAUUUCCCCGGGUUAACUUUUGAAUCCAUUCUCCUCAAACCCACCCACACCCCAAUAAAAGGGUUGGUGGUUAACCCACAUGGGGGUCCACAUGGUUGUUACCCAACAUCCUUUGAUUUACAAUCGGCUGCACUUUGUAAGCUUGGCUUCGCUGUUUCAAGAAUCAAUUACCGCGGCUCCACCGGAUUCGGACAAAACUCGAUAUUUUCGCUUCCUGGAAAUAUUUCGAAGCAAGAUGUUUUCGAUGUCCAGCAGGUGGCAGAGUUUGUGUCGGAACGCUUAAAUACAGGAGUGCGGUUUAUUACGGGGGGGUCACAUGGUGGGUUUCUUACCCUUCAACUCAUUGGACAAUUUCCUGAUUAUUAUUCUGCGGCUGCUGCUCGUAACCCGGUCACAAACAUUGCUUCCAUAGUUGGCGUGUCCGAUAUUAGAGAUUGGGCUUUUUGUGUUGCUGGGUGUAAGUUUACUUACGAUGCUUGCGUAACAUCAGAUAUGUACAAUACAAUGUUGACGGUAUCGCCCAUCAUGCAUGUUGAUGAUGUAAAAACCCCAGUGAUGAUCAUGUUAGGUGAAGCUGACUUAAGAGUCCCAAUCUCUCAAUCUCAUGAAUACGCUCGCAUGUUGCGUGCCAGAGGUAAAACUGUUCGCUUGUUUCAAUAUAAAGACAACAAUCACCCGAUAUCUAAUGUGAAAGAUGAAGCUGACUGUUUUGUGAACAUUCUCUCAUGGUUCAACAAUUAUUGUAAAAGUGAAUAA